AUGUCCACCCGCGACCCGUUCAUGCAAUCUUUAGAACUUCAAGCUUUAUCUCACGUCAUAGCUUCCACUAAAGUCGACUUAGAGAGCCUAUUGAAAAGGCAAUCCAAAAACUACACAGCUGCUUAUGAAGAAUAUCGACGUCGAUACAACGCCGAGCCCCCACCAGGCUUCGAGGCCUGGUAUGAGUUUGCCGCAGCACAUCAGUCACGCAUCAUUGAUGACUUUGACACUAUUUUUGAUUCAAUCUCACCAUUCUGGAGAUUCAGUGGUAAAGGGGUCAUUACGACAUGUCGAACUCCUAAUCGACAAGCUGCUAGGAGGUUUGGGCGGAAUCCUUCCCGACCUCACUUCCUUGUGAAUCACCUCGAUGAACCAAGGGUCCUGGCCGCACCACAAUCAUUUAAAGGAGGAGACUCCUAUGGCAAAGGGCAGUUCAAAGUCACGGACAUAUCAAGGAGACCUAGUUGGGAUGCAAUUACGAAAUUCUGUACAUCUCAGCAAAGGGAUAGAAGUGCCCGGCCUAAACAUGAAGCGGAAACCUUUGGUCUUCCUUUCGUCACAGAUCCGUUCUUGGCUUUGGACCUGUGUCGACAUCCCAAGUACAGCGGCAUGCACGCCCUCGUCAUGGGCCCUACGUCCUUUUACCUGAUUGAAAGCUUAGUACCGAUGCUAUCAACAGGUUCGCCUUCAACAAUGGGUGAUUUAUUGUUUCCAAGCCUAGCUUACAUGCAGUCCGAGUUUCAAUACGAUGAGGCACAUGACGUUGAAUGGGAUAGAAAGCAAAACAAUAUUUACUGGGCCGGCUCCAGCACUGGUGGAUUUGCUAUAGACGAUCAGUGGCGGCACUAUCAGCGACAGAGAUCUGUUAAGUUGGCACAAAAUUUGGAACGACAGCAACAUUAUUAUCUACGAGAACGAGGGGGCGUAGUCCACCGCGUGAAAUCUUCAUUUCUGAACAGCAGAUUAUUCGACGCUGCCUUCACCAGAAUCCUCCAUUGUGAGAGAAAAUAUUGCAGAGACCAAAGUGCUUACUUCAACGUCAAGUCUUGGGCAGACAAGGACCGAGCACUUCGAUCACGACUCGUGUACGAUACUGAUGGAAAUGGUAUUAGCGGCCGCUACUACAAGCUAUUAGCUUCAAAACCAGUUCCGCUAAAGCAGACGCUCUUCCAAGAAUGGCAUGACGAGCGUCUCGUACCAUGGGUUCAUUACGUUCGAGUCAGCCAAGGGAUGGAAGAAGUUCCCGAGUUGGUUUUUUACCUCACUUCAACUGAAGCUGGACAACAAAGGGCCAAAGAGAUCGCGGAGCAGGGUCGGGACUGGUUUUCUAGGGCGUUUCGGGAUAUCGAUCUGAGCAUCUAUACUUACCGUUUGCUGUUAGAACUGGCGAGAUUACAGGACCCGGAAAGACAGGCAAGCUGA